AUGGACGACUUCGUUAGCGCUGCUGAAACCAACGACCUGGACAGGCUUCGUCGCCUCCUUGAGCUCGAAAGAGCACAAAAUCCCCGACUCGGGCAGAACAGCUCGGUCCCGUCGACGCCGGCAAUGCAAGCCGCACAUCAUGCCGCCGCGCGCUGUAAUCAUCCCGCGGCACUCGAACUGCUCUUCGACAAUGGCGCUUGGAUUGGGCCUGGCCCACUAGAAGUUGCCGUGCGGGAGAAUCACAAAGACAUCUUCAAGGCACUGGUUGCUCGUGGCUGGAACGUUAGUUCCAACCUCGGCCAUGCUGGAGACGCUCUUGUCUUGGCCGUGAGAGAAGAUAACUUGGAUCUGGUCCAAUUUCUGCUUUCUCACGGUGCCGAUCCCAAUGCAAACUUUGACAUUUUCGGCUGGAGAUCGCUUGAAGUGGCUGUUUGUUGGUCUUCGAUCCCGGUGAUUGAAGCGCUCUUGAAUGCUGGCGCAAAGCUAAAGGGGUCUUCCGCGCUGCAAAGAGCAGCUUACACCGGACGCACCGACGUGCUCGUUUUCUUGCUGGACCGAGGAGCACCUAUCGAUGAGAUUCCAGACAACAUUUUCGAUGAUGAGCCCAGACCAGACGCCAAAAGUGCGCUUUGUGAAGCGGCAUGGAGGGGGCAGACAGAAGUAGUCAAGAUUUUGCUCGAACGGGGGGCGGAUGCUAGUUUUCGAGCCGUGGAUGGGAGGUCUGCUUUGGAGCUUGCCGAGGCAGAGGGACAUGAGUCUUGCGUCGAGGUUUUGAAAGGGGCUUGCUAGUUCUCUUAUGAACAGAUGACUUUGAAUAUUUAGAUAACGGGGAGUUUGGAGAAUAGCAUCUCUUGGC